CGGAGGACAGUCGUCAUGGCCGCCUCUAAGCCCAUGGAGGCGGCGAUGGCGGCGGCGGCGGCGGCGGCGGCGGCGCCCGGUUCUGGAAAUGGAGUGGGCGGUGGCAGCGGGACUGCGGGCCCCGGCUCGGGCUCGGGGACCCUGCCGCGAUGGCACGUGGCUCUGGCCAUCGGGGCGCCCCUGUUGCUGGGUGCCGGGGCCAUGUACCUGUGGAGCCGAAGGCGAAGGCGCAAGGAGGCGGGAGGCCGGGGCGACGCCAGCGGCCUGAAGCGCAACAGCGAACGGAAGACCCCGGAGGGCAGGGCCAGCCCGGCCCUGGGCAGCGGCCACCCCGACGGUUCUGGUGACACCCUGGAAAUGAAUUCUCUGGAUAGAGCCCAAGCAGCCAAAAACAAAGGCAACAAAUAUUUCAAAGCAGGAAAAUAUGAACAAGCUAUCCAGUGCUAUACUGAAGCUAUUAGUUUGUGCCCUACUGAGAAGAAUGUAGACCUUUCUACAUUUUAUCAAAACAGAGCUGCUGCCUUUGAACAGUUGCAAAAAUGGAAAGAGGUGGCACAAGAUUGUACAAAGGCUGUGGAACUUAAUCCCAAAUAUGUGAAAGCUCUCUUUAGACGUGCAAAAGCCCAUGAGAAGCUAGACAAUAAGAAGGAGUGUUUAGAAGAUGUUACUGCUGUGUGUAUAUUAGAAGGCUUCCAAAACGAGCAGAGCAUGCUGUUAGCUGAUAAAGUCCUUAAACUUCUCGGGAAAGAGAACGCCAAAGAAAAAUACAAGAACCGUGAACCUCUGAUGCCAUCGCCACAGUUUAUUAAGUCUUACUUCAGUUCUUUCACGGAUGAUAUAAUUUCUCAACCAAUGCUUAAAGGAGAGAAGUCUGACGAAGAUAAAGACAAGGAAGGAGAAGCUUUAGAAGUAAAAGAAAAUUCUGGAUAUUUAAAAGCUAAACAGUAUAUGGAAGAAGAAAACUAUGACAAGAUCAUAAGCGAAUGCUCAAAGGAAAUAGAUGCUCAAGGCAAAUACAUGGCGGAAGCCUUACUACUGCGAGCCACCUUCUACCUGCUCAUUGGCAGUGCCAAUGCUGCCAAACCCGACCUAGAUAAGGUCAUCAGUUUGAAGGACGCUAAUGUGAAGCUUCGAGCAAAUGCCCUUAUCAAAAGAGGCACCAUGUGCAUGCAGCAGCAGCAGCCUAUGCUAUCUACUCAGGAUUUCAACAUGGCUGCAGAGAUUGAUCCUCAGAACUCAGAUGUUUAUCACCACCGAGGACAACUGAAAAUUCUGCUGGAUCUAGUUGAAGAAGCAGUGGCAGAUUUUGAUGCGUGUAUUAGAUUAAGACCCAAGUUUGCUCUGGCACAAGCUCAGAAGUGUUUUGCAUUGUAUCGCCAGGCAUAUACAGCAAACAAUUCUUCACAAGUCCAGGCAGCUAUGAAAGGUUUUGAAGAGGUCAUAAAGAAAUUUCCAAGGUGUGCCGAAGGCUAUGCACUUUAUGCCCAGGCAUUAACAGAUCAACAACAAUUUGGUAAAGCUGAUGAAAUGUAUGAUAAAUGUAUUGAUUUGGAACCAGAUAAUGCUACAACUUAUGUUCAUAAAGGUUUACUUCAACUUCAGUGGAAGCAAGAUUUGGAUAAAGGUUUGGAGCUUAUCAGCAAAGCUAUUGAAAUUGACAACAAAUGUGAUUUUGCAUAUGAAACCAUGGGAACCAUUGAAGUGCAGAGAGGAAACAUGGAGAAAGCCAUUGACAUGUUCAACAAAGCUAUCAACCUGGCCAAGUCAGAAAUGGAGAUGGCUCAUCUGUAUUCACUUUGCGAUGCUGCCCAUGCCCAGACGGAAGUAGCAAAGAAAUAUGGAUUAAAACCACCGACAUUAUAAAACCAAGGGGAAAGCAGACUGACUCUUUUUAAAAGAAGUUUACCCCCUCUUCAACUGAACCCUGAACACACUGUCAUGAACUGUGUUGAAUGGUGGAACUUGGUAUUCCCUUUGUGAUGUUGUCAUUCAUUACAUCUGUUUCAUGUUUAGGUGUUGUGGGCGUGGCUGUUGAAGGAAGUUUGCAGUCUUGCAGCUUUUAUUCCCUGUGCAACAAGAGCUUAGAACCUGUUAAAGGGAUAUGAAAACAAACUUGUAGAAUACAAACAGUAAUUGGCCAUGCAAAUAAAAACUUUGAUUUGUU